AUGCCAACCACGACUGCUGAGACGCUCUCGCUCGUGACGCGCAACGUCUCUGUCGCGCCCCUCGUUCUGCUUUCUGCUGUCGAUCAUUACAACCGUACCGUUCAAAAUAAGGCGAAGAGGAGAGUUGUCGGUGUCCUGCUCGGCCAGAAUGAUGGCAAGAACGUGAGGGUGUCGAACAGCUUUGCAGUCCCCUUCGAAGAGGACGAGAAGGACCCGUCCGUAUGGUUCCUCGACCACAACUACGUCGAGUCAAUGAACGACAUGUUCAAGAAGAUCAACGCACGAGAGAAGCUGAUAGGAUGGUACCACUCCGGCCCCAAGCUGCGCGCAUCCGACUUGGAGAUCAAUGAACUCUUCAAGCGCUACACGCCAAACCCCCUGUUGGUAAUUAUCGAUGUCCAGCCAAAGGAGUCUGGCGUACCCACCGAUGCCUAUUUCGCCGUUGAGGAAAUCAAAGACGACGGAACUACGACUACGCGAACGUUCUUCCACACUCCGUCGAUAAUUGAAGCUGAGGAAGCCGAAGAGAUCGGCGUCGAGCACCUGCUACGAGACAUCCGUGACGUUGCUGUCGGUACGCUUUCGACCCGAAUUACAAACCAGCUCCAGUCGCUCCAGGGCCUUCACUUGCGCCUGCGUGAUAUUGGCGUUUAUCUGCAAAAAGUACUCGAUGGUCAGCUUCCAGUGAACCAUGCAAUCUUGGGCAACCUCCAGGACGUUUUUAACCUGCUACCGAAUCUCUCCACUCCCGAAGCUGAUGGCAAGACUAGUGGCAGCGAACUUGCCCAUGCCAUGAGUGUCAAGACCAACGACCAGCUUAUGACGAUCUAUCUCAGCAGCUUGAUCCGUGCCAUCACUGCAUUCCAUGACUUGAUAGAGAACAAAAUUCAGAACCGCCAGCAGCAGGAAGACAAGGACACCAAGAAGGAGGAAGCUAUUGGCAAAGAUGAGAAGAAAGCCAAUGGCUCGAACGAGUCGAACAUAGAAUCCAAGGAAGGCAGUGAGAAGGAGAAGGAUUCGAAGGACAAGAAGAAAUGA